AUGCAUUCUGCGAUUUGGAAUACACUUACCUUUUUGGCGGUGCUUAUGGCAACGUCCAUUUCACCGGCCGUUGCUCUUCCCAACAUCCGAGUUCUGCCAUUAGGCGACUCCAUCACAAAAGGUACUGGCUCAACAGGCUUAGUUGGAUACCGUCUCCCAUUGCGACAAAAGAUUUUAAAGCAAGGCGUCAAAGUCAACAUGGUUGGUACACUGAAGAACGGCAACAUGGUAGAUGGACACCACGAGGGUCAUAGUGGGAAAAUGCUAGCCGACAUCAAUGGCUACUGGCAAAAGCCAAUCCAGGCUCGUCCUAACGUCGUUCUCAUCCACGCCGGCACAAACAACAUGGACCAAGGAAAAGAUCUCGAUAUCGCAGCAUCCAUUCUCGCAGAUAUCGUCGACGGGAUCUUCAAAGUCGCACCAGAUGUCACCAUCUGUCUCGCACCAGUGAUUUGGGCCAACGAUAAGAAGAUGCAAGCAAACACAGAUAAAUUCAAUCCACAAGUACGGUCACUUAUCUCAGCAAGGCAAAAGAAGGGAAAGCAUAUUCUUGAGGUGCCUAUCGAUAUCAAAAAGGAAGAUCUUGGCGAUUCCAAACAUCCGAAUGAUGAUGGUUAUGAGAAGAUGGCGAAUGCUUGGUUGAAGGCGAUUUUAGAGGCUGAUAAGAAGGGUUGGUUGAAGAUGCCUAUUAAGAUGAGUCCUGAAGAUGCACCGGGAACUGGGCUUGGAGCGUGA